CGACCAAAAAAUGUGUCGGGACGAAAUUUUAGCUCAACUCACCGAGUUGUUCGGAGACUACAUUGAACAGCAGCGCAUUCUCAGCACGAUUGACAAACUGGACGGUAACUUGGAUGCAUGUAUCGAGGCUCUGCUAGCGAACGACGGACAAGGGUUCCAGUGGAAAAAAGUGCAGGAAAAGCCUCUCUCUAAUCUCAACAACCCGGAAAACAGCAAUACCCUUCUACCAAGCGAUGGGCCCGAUCGGUCCACUGGUGCGACGCGAAAAACGAACGUGUCUCCGUCGAAAAGUCGCCGUGAAGAGAUGCCGGCGAGCUUCGCCUCGCUUCUACACAAAGGAAGCUUUGCAACGGUUCAGCAGCCAGUGGUUACCAAUAGCAACCAGCAGCCGAGCCGAGCUCAAAGGAAAUCCCAUCCGCCACCGAACCUUCCGAGCAACUUCGGCACCACGGUUGAUAUGGUGGCGCAAGGUUAUCGGGUGAUGGUGCUGAUGCGCGGUGCCCCGGGCAGUGGCAAGACGCAUCUCUCGCGCAUGCUUAUCGACCGCACAUCGGCGGGCGAUUAUCGAAAUCACAUUUUCAGCGCCGACGACUACUUCAUGGUUAACGGGGUGUACAAGUUUCAGCCCGACGCUCUCGACAGUGCGCAUCGGUUUACGCAGAGUAGCGUGCAAGCGAAAGCCCGCGAAGGCUGGAGCCCUAUCGUGGUGGACAACACCAACGUGCGGUUGUGGGAAAUGUUCCCUUACGUGCAGAUAGCGGCCGAACAUGGUUACUUCCUCGAAACUCUCGAACCGACCACGCACUGGCGCAACAACAGUCGCAGUCUGGCCAUUCGCAAUACGCACGGCGUGCCAGAGCCGAAGAUUAAGAGCAUGCUGCAAAACUUUGAAAAGCUGUCGAGCGUACGCGAACUAUACCGUUCGUGUAAGCUCGAGCACAUGCUAUCCAUUCCGCCAAAAAUGCGCCACUAUCCCAUUCUGCCACAGGACUUGGUAAUACCGCCCAGUGACAGACCGGGAGACAACGGAUCGCAUAAAAGUGUCCCCAAAUGGAACGAGGACUGGAGAGAUCCGCUGGAUGGUACCGUUCCGAAAGCGACCAACGGACCAACGACGACACUCGAUCUGGCGGCAAUUCCCGUACCAAAACCUCCGCGAGACGGACGACAAAGCAUACUACCAGCAGCCGCCGCCCGUCAGUCGGCGGCGAUGGACGAGGAAGAAGCCGGAGCCACAGGUGGCGGGACGCUGAUAGAAGACUUUUCCUGGGACUUUACGGAUGACUGGCAAAAGUCCGAACCGAACUGGAAACCGUACGAUACGGAGAGCGUCCAGUUCUGGGGCCAACCAUCGUCGUCACAGCGGAGCCAAAGUCCACCGAAAGCCUCGCUACUGAGGGCCGCUAAUGAAACCAGCACGCCGAAGACAAAGCCAAUGAAAAACGCCAGCUCUCGCACCGGUCCGGUUCUUAGCAAGCACCGGCGCGGGUGUGCGAACGAAAACGCGAGCUUUUCGGAAAUCUGCAACCUCUAUCCGAAGGUGCCGGAAUCGUACCUGUGGGAUCUGUUCGAAAAGUGCAGUGGCGAUGGCGAUUGGGUGGCGAACCUGUUGCUGGAAGAGCAAAAGCUAGAAAACUUUGAGAGUGCCACAACGGAGGAGGAAGAAAACGGCGGCGGCUGCACCUCGGCCGGUGGAGCGAUGGCCUUGCAGGUGCUGGAGUGCAAUUGUGAUGGUGAACCGUUCGGGAAGGAAACUCCCAGAGCUACGAUGGUCGUCAACAACGUGAUGGAAAAGAGUUCCCCUUUGGCUGCUGCUUCGCUGCUGUCAGCUCGUGACUCGAUGGCUCGCGACCGCGAGGGACGCGAAGCGGCCAAGAAGAAACUGGAAACACGGUUCGUGCUCGGUAACGAACACUUUUCGGAGCACGUGCAAAAAAUACGCCUUGCGCGAGGUAUCGUUACGGCGGACCAGCCCGAAAGCGGUUCCUCGCCGGCCGAAGAGGACCUGGAAGUCCUGGACGAGGGCGAUGCAAAGGGUAACGACAGUGAGGUGACCGAGCUGCGCUUGGGAGUGGAAUUAGUCGAGCAGCUACACUCCCUGUUCCGCGACAAACACUGUCCCAGAUCGCUCGAUCUAGACAACCUCCCACCGGAACGGACACGGGUCUUUAUGGCCACCGAAAUGGCCGAACAGCUGUAUCUGCUCUUCCUUGACUCGAUGUACAGCUACAGCGAGGAGGAGAAGUUGUUAAACAUACGCCAGGACGCCCGUAUGGCCCGGCUGAUGGAGACUAAGGAAAAGUAUCCGGCGCUGUUUAAACCGCAAGACCCUACCGCGGCACCCAAUCUGCGCGACAUUAUCGAGAUGGAGCAAGCGUUGGCGGCGUACCAGAAAGAAACGAACGAAAGCUGGCAGAAGGCUGGCAGCGCACAGGAUCUGGCCCAGCAAAUGUCGCAACAAAAACUGCGAGAACUGUAUCCGCACGUCAACGGGGACGAUCUGCUGCAGAUACUGGCGGCGCACAAUAAUCACUUCGACGAAACGGUGCAGGUUGUGAACGCUUCCAUCCCCGCGGACAUGCUCCGCCAGAUGCAAGAAAGCGAACAGCUCCUGAAACAGCGGGCAGAGAACGAGAAGCAAAAGCUACUGGAACUGUUCGAUUCGCCCGUCCCGAGUUCACCGGAGUUGACGGGCGAGGAAGCGAUCAACUUCCAUCUGAUCACGGCCGAAGAGUGUCGCAAUCUGGCACAGCAUCAUCUGGACUUGAAAAACGAAUGCCACCAGAAGUCGCGCGUGGCCAUCCAACGGGGCGUCCCGGGACUGGCGGACUAUUACUCGCAGAUCGCCCGUCUGCACCGGACCAAGAUUGACAUGUACAACAGCCGGGCGUCGAACUGCAUCAUGGAGGUGCACAAGCUGAAGCUCAACAACUCGGACGUGCUCGAUCUGCACUACCUACACUCGCAGGAAGCACUGCGCUGCCUGGAGCUAUUUCUGGCCGAGCACGCCUCGCAGUUGCUCAAAUCGCAGCAGCGCUUCCGGACACUGUACAUCAUCACGGGUCGCGGCCUCCAUUCGGCCGAUGGUAAACCGAUCAUCAAGCAGCGCGUCAAGGUGCUGCUUCGGGCGAAAAAUAUAAGGUACACCGAGCUGAAUCCGGGCUUUCUGAAAAUCAAACUCUACAACCGUGAUGAUCUCGAGCAGCUAAUGGUCAUGGAGUAGAGCACACCACCAACCACCGAUCGAUCGCGCACGAUCAAUCAACCGACGGCUGAUCGGCAGUACCAGGAACAGCCAACAAAGUGUACUUACGCGUGCUCUAGACGCGGGAAAUCGAUGUACCUGACUAUUUGGCCAUGAUUAUAGGAAUCGCGGUCGCGGACGGCAAUCGGGGGGCGGUGGGUAGGACAUUUUUUUUCUAUUACAUUCGAAAGGCCAUAAAAUAUGUUAGUACGAAAGAAGCAUAGAAAGACGAGCUC